AUAUUCAUUCCUAGGGAAUACUAUAUUAGUAUAUAGAGAAUCCUCCUGGUUCAAGAAAGUAUGUGGAGGCCAAUAUACUAGUUGUGAAUGGUGAUCCACUAAGCAUAAAUGGCUUCAAUUUGUUAAUGUGAGACAGCAUUUUAGUUAGUCUCCUCAGUGCUCAGAGCUGCAUAAGAUUGAUUGGUAUUAUCUGAUCAUAUCCAUCCAAAUUCCAAAAUGAUGUACAAUUCAAUAUUUGCCAAGAGCUUUAGCCGUUAUGAGCAGAAAAAAUUGGGAUAUGGAGCAUUUGUGGGAUGCUUAAUAAUAGUUUUGAGUCUUUGCACAGUCUUUAAGCCUUACAUAGGUUCUAUUCAUGAUUUGAAGCUGAAGCUCUAUGUCAGCAUUGACACCAAAAUGCUGAUGCUGAAUGAAACUAGCAGCUUUCCACAGAUAGCCAGCGUUGAAGAGACAGAAACAAAGAAAAUGGAGCAAGGAUGCUUUUCAGAAGAAAGGACAAAUUUUUGCCAAGUACAGGGAGAUAUCAGAGUCCAUGGAAAAUCCUCCUCUGUUUACAUUGUGACACCUGAAACAACAAUCUUGCCAGAAAACUCCUCGUGGACCAUAAGGCCUUAUGCGCGAAAGGACGAUGCAGAAGCAAUGAGGCGUGUAAGAGAAUGGUCAAUAAAGGCAGUGAAAGAUGGCAUGAAAUUCCCACAGUGCACACAACAUCACAGCAUUCCAGCUGUGAUAUUCUCUACUUCAGGCUAUAUUGGCAACCACUUCCAUGAAUUCACAGACAUCAUCAUCCCACUGUUUCUGACUUCUAGACAAUUCAAUGGACAAGUUAAAUUUGUCGUGUCCGAAAUGCGUCCUUGGUGGAUUUCUAAGUACCAAGCAAUUCUCAGUAAGCUGUCCAAUUAUGAGGUCUUGAACAUUGACAAAGAUGACAAAGUUCACUGCUUCCCAGGUGUGAAUGUUGGUCUCAAAAGGUAUCCGAAAGAACUAAGCAUUGACCCUCAAAAGUACUCCUAUUCCAUCAAAGACUUCAGGAGUUUUCUGAGAGACUCUUAUUCACUGAAGAGAGUUGAUGCAAUCAAAUUGAGAGAGGAGGGUGAAGAUGAGAAUAAUAAGAAUAAGAAGCAGCAGCCAAGGCUUUUGAUUCUUUCAAGAAGAAGAACAAGAUCAUUCACUAACACAGCUGAAAUAGCAAAUAUGGCUAGAAGCAUGGGAUUCGAGGCGAUUGUAAUGGAAGCUGGUGGAAGCAUGUCAAACUUUGCAAAUGUGGUGAAUUCUUGUGAUGUGCUGUUGGGAGUUCAUGGAGCUGGCCUCACUAACAUUGUUUUCCUUCCUGAGAAUGCAGUUUUGAUACAAGUAGUUCCUCAUGGUGGUUUCGAAUGGCUUGCCAAAUAUGACUUUGAAUUGCCCUCAAAGAAUAUGGGACUAAAGUACUUGGAUUACAAGAUAAGUGUAGAAGAAAGCACUCUUAUUCAGCAAUAUCCACAAGAUCACAUGAUCAUAAAGCACCCCCCAUCCAUUGGGAAACUUGGAUGGGAAAGAUUCAAGUCUGUGUAUUUGGAACAACAGAAUGUGAUGCUAGACCUCAAUAGGUUUAGGCCUACAUUGCAGAAAGCCCUUGAGCUAUUGCACCAGUAAUAUAAGUACCUGUUCACGGAUGAGUCUUUUUUGUUUUGUUGUUAUAUUUAUCCAUUGUUUUUCAAGUAGUGUACAGAAUAAAUGAUGAACAAAGAAGUCAUCAUGUGGCACAAAACAUUUGUACUUGAGGGGAAACAAUGUUCAGUGGAGUCGAGAUUACAUCUUGCAAUAACAAACAAUUUAUUGUGUGCCUUGUGAAAUUAAA